GCUAAUCGCCAUACCUACAGCCCUACACUGUAUCGCGAAUUUCGCGAAUUUGUCGCAAAUGUCUUCAAUAAAAAUAUUUACUUUCGUAUUCAAAAUAAUAAAAUAAACAAAAUGGAAUUACAUAAAGUUUGCCGCUGCUGUCUAUCUGAAAGUGCAAGUAGAAGUUUAACCAUAAGCUAUCCUUGGUUGGGAGAUAAAGAGAUGUAUUCUGAUAUGUUACAAGAAUGUUUCAAUAUAGUUUUGAGUACUAAACUAGAGGGCAGUGCAAUAUGUGACCUAUGUGUGAAGAAUCUUCGUGACUCCUUAAAUUUUAAGCGGCAAGUGCUCCGGUCAGAGACUGAGUUUCUUAAAAGGAUAGCAGCAGCAGAAAUUAAAAAUCCCAUUCACGUGAAGCAGGAGUUAGAUCCUGAUAGUGAAGACUCUGAUAACUACUUUUUGGAUGAGACUAUUAAAGAAGAAUCACCGCCACCACAACCGGUGACAAAGAAGAAAACCAUCACCAAAAGUUUGUCGAAAAACAAUAAAGAGAUGAAAUCUCUUGUCAAUAAAUUAUCAGCUUAUGAUACAGAUAUGAAACAGAUGAAUACAAAAGAUAUAAAAAUAGUUAAAAAUAGAAAGAUAACAAUAAAAAACGAUUUAAAAAUCAAUCUCUCUUGGACGACACGGACCGCGCAUGACAAGAGAAAGCAUAGAGAAAAUCUUCUCACCAUCUUAAAGUAUUCCAAUGUUAUGCCGUUCAAGAAUAAAUCUUUACUAGGCUUCAUAUGUGGAUACUGCGAUGCAACAUUUCCAGAUCCUUUGGACCUACGAGUCCAUACCGAGAAUGAUCAUGAAAAGGAAAGGUUAGAGUUUAAAUCAUCGUUUGAUAUGACAGAGUACAACGUGAAAUUGGAUGUCACGGACUUAUGUUGCUUAUUAUGCUCUGAGAAAAUGGAUAAUCUUACCAAAUUGAAGGAUCACCUCGUCAAAAUUCACAAUAAAACCUUCUAUGAUGACAUCAAAGAUCAUAUAAUGCAAUUUAAGCUUAAAAAAGGAGAUGUGUUUGACUGUGCAAUGUGUCCGUCCACUUAUGAGACGUUUAAGAUGCUAAAACAGCAUAUGAAUAAACAUUACUGUAACUACAGUUGUACAAAGUGUGAUACGUCCUUUGCUACUAAAAGAUCUCUUAACGCUCAUCAAACGACUCAUCAAGAAGGCAGUUUCAAAUGUGAUUUAUGUGAAAAAAUAUUCUCCAGUAGAACGAAAAAGCAGUACCAUGAAAAAACCAAGCAUUUAGGAGCCCGUAGCAUUAGUAACUGCCCCUUCUGUGAUGUACCGUUCCGUAGUUACUAUCAACGGAACCAGCAUUUGGUCAAAGUCCACAAUUCCGAGGCUCAAUAUAAGUGUAAUGUGUGCAAUAAGGGCUACAUACUGAAAUCCUUACUUAUGUGUCAUAUAAAGAAGAAUCAUCUGAUGGAACGUAACUGUCAGUGUACCGAGUGUGGCUACCGAUUCUUUAGCAAGAAAGCGUUGAACGCUCAUAUGAUAAAACACACUGGGGAGAGAAAAUAUGCUUGUGAGGUGUGCCACAAGUCAUACGCAAGGAAAUAUACACUGAGAGAACAUAUGAGGAUACAUAAUAAUGAUAGGAGAUUUAAAUGCGAUGUUUGUAGUACGGCGUUUGUGCAAAAGUGCAGCCUGAAAAGUCAUUUACUGUCUCACCAUGGUAUCAGUAUGGCGGCCAGCGAUAUUCCGAUAUCAUAGUCUUCUUUGUCAUAUUGUUGUAGAUUAGACAUAAAUUAAGUCGCCUAUUUUUUUUUUACUUUAGUUGUAUCAAAAUUGAAGUGUUUAGACAUUCUUGGGUACUAACAUUGUAUUUAUAUGUAAAACGAGAUAUUAAUCAU